AUGACCAGCCGCGCAGCGAUCAUUCUGGCGCUGGCCGUUAUGGCCGUGGGCGCGGCCACAGCCCAGGUGCUGGAGAACACCACUGGGAAGCGUAUGGACAUCGCGCCCGGCUACACCUUUGUCAGCAACGUGGCUGGAUACCUGAGGGUCAGCAACGAUGUUUGCGAGGUCAACGCUCUGCUCAACACCGCCACCCCCAACUUUGCCGCCGCCAAGAAGCUGUACACCGACGGCAAGAACAGUAAGAAGAGCAGCGGGGCCAUCCGCACCCUUGAGAGCAUGGCCACCGGUGACUACUCCGGCGGCCUGUUCUGGGACACCGCCGUCAAGCACUUCAAGAGCCCGCUGUUCAUCGACGAGAUUAUCAACAAGGCCCUGAGCGGCGCCGCGCCCUUCACGUCCCCGCUGGUACGCCGCGAGCUGGCCAUGAAGGCCAUCAGCAGCAACCUGAUGACCGCUUACACUAUGCACGAGAUGGACGAGGCUGCGGCGAAGCUCAAGGAGAGCCCUCCGGCAAUCUCUGAUGCCAGCGGCGCGCCCCACAACGUGGACGAGGCCGUCGCCCUCUACAUCGGCGAGAAGAGCGAGUGCUCCCCGUGGGGCAUCUCCAACAAGCGGGCCGCCAUUUUCGGCACCCAGGACACUUGCAAGUCCAGCAAGGCAAACACUGAGUUUGUGAAGGCCGCCAACGCCGCGCUGGCCGCGGCCCGCAAGGGGGACAUCAAGGCGUUCACGGCUGCGCGCAGCAGGGUGCAGGCGGCUUUCGCCAUCACCGCUGUCCAAGUGGGCGAGGCAGCGCAGGCGGGACGUGUUUGCUCUCGCAAGCUGGGCUGA